GAACUUGGAGACUUACAUUCCUGAAACGUUCAGAUCCCGAGUAUGAUAUUGAGUCAAAACCGGCAUUACGUGUAAAUAACUUUUAUAGUGACACCUUGUAUCAACCAUUUCUUUAUGGAUCGAUGGGAAUGGAGCAAUUCGCAAAAGUAGAAAAUAUAGCUAGGUGCAAAAGUUUGAGUUUAGACGAAUUCAUUAAUAAAUAUGCUAAACCUAAUUUGCCCGUGAUUAUUACGGAUGUCGUCACUCAAUGGCCGGCGUUCAGAAAAUGGUCAAUGGAAUACUUGGUGGAAAAGUAUGGAGAUAUUGUGUUUCGUGCGGAAGCCAUUGAUAUCAAGUUAAAAAAUUAUGUCAGAUAUGCGAUGAAUACGAUGGAUGAAAGCCCGUUGUACCUGUUCGAUAAAAACUUUGGGAAUAGCUGUGAGGGAAUCCUUGAGGAUUUCUCAGUUCCAGAUUAUUUUACUGAAGAUUUCUUUAAUGUUUUUUGUAAGGAUC